GCGGUGGAUUGGAUCACGGAUGAGAAGCCGACGACUCGAGGGCAGCAAUGCUUGGCUGAGCUGAUGGCGGGCGGCAAUGUCACGUCGGACUUUAGACAGUUUGCGCAGCCUCGCGGCCUCGCACCAAACACAGGCCCAAGCUGAGGAACGAAAGCGUCCUAGUCUGUGGGCCUGAACCAAACAGUGGUCAGGCAACCUCUUGUGCAACCGGAAACCAGAUUAUGCCGGCCAGACGCGACCGACGGCGGAGCGGAGAUGCCGAAAGUAAAUAGCAGCAGCAAGGUGUCGACUCCCCACCUUCGAGUGAGAGAGGCGAAGAGUAUUGUGUGGCAGCCCUCCUGCCUGCUUGCUUGCUUGCCUGCUUGCAGGGGUCGGCGCUGUGACUGGCUAGUUGGCUUUGAUAGGUCGUCCAGCCGAGGAGAUCGUAUACUCGAGUCCAAACACCGCUCGUGGUCGCACCGACAAAAUACAAUCCAAAAAAGGCCGAAGACUGGGUGUCCAGAGGUAUCAAAGGAAGACAGAAGGCGUGCGGGCCGGACCACGAGGAGGGCAGAGACGAAGACAAGCCAGGAAAUGUAGAAGAGGAAGAGUGCUUGAAGGCGUAGUCGACGAGAAG